CAUGUCGGGAAUCGAGCACGCGUCGACGCAGAGCAUCCGGCCGUUCAGGUCGUGUGAGGAGUAUCUCUACGCCAUGAAGGAGGACCUGGCCGAGUGGCUGAGGGACCUGUACGCCGUGGACGUCACGGUGAACAGCGUGGUGCAGGCGCUGGAGACGGGCGCGCUCCUCUGCGCCCACGCCAACAACGUGACGCGCGCCGCCGCCGACUACCGGCGCAAACGCGGGCGCAGGUGCGCGCACCUGCCCGCCGCCGGAGUAACUUUCACGAGCUCGGCGCAGCCCCUCACGUUCCUGGCCCGGGACAACGUGUCCAACUUCAUCAACUGGUGUCGGAAUGAGAUGCACAUUAAAGACGUCCUGAUGUUUGAGACAGAUGACCUUGUACUGCGAAAAAAUGAGAAAAAUGUGGUGCUUUGCCUGCUCGAGGUGGCUCGACGAGCAUCUCGCUUCGGCAUGGUGGCGCCUGUCCUUAUUCAGCUGGAGGAAGAGAUAGAGGAAGAGAUUCGCAAGGAGAAAACUGAGCCUGUGGUCCAGAGACGUGUGGUGAACAUUGAAAACCUGGAUGAAAUGGUUCAAUAUCUGAUAAGUCGCUGCACUUGUCCCAGUCAGUUCCCCAUGCUGAAGAUAUCAGAGGGCAAGUACCGAGUCGGAGACUCCAACACCAUCAUAUUUGUGCGAAUCCUAAGGAAUCACGUGAUGGUGAGAGUGGGUGGAGGUUGGGACACCCUGGAGCACUAUUUGGACAAACAUGACCCCUGCCGCUGCACAUCUCUCUCCCAUAAACUGGCACAGCGCCCUGCCACUCCAGUCCACGAGAUCAAAGCCAGGCAAUGCGGGCCUGAUGGCCAGGCGACGUCUCGAAUCUCUUUGGUGCUGAGCCGAACCCAAUCCCCCCUUGACCCUGUGAUCUGGACCCCUUCAACUCCCACUAGGAUCCAGAGAUCAGAGCCGAGGCUCAGGAAUAGCCCAUCUCCUACAAAGUUAAGAGUCCCUUGUCGGCAAACCUACUCUGAUACUAAGGAAGUGGUAAAUUCAGCUAGCAGAAGAGGCAGAGAACUCAGUAGAGUGUCUCCAUCUCCACGUGUAACCAGCAGUCUUCCACGGCCAGCUCGUCCGUCCACCCCACCCCAACCAGAGACUCAGCGUCCCUGUACACCCUUGAUCUUACAGAAGGUCUACAGCCAGACCUUUCCUCCACCCCAGCAAGAGCCAGACAGCAGGCUUAGGCACAACUGGACUAAGUCGCAGAUUGUAUCAAAGCUAAGGCAAAACGCGACAAUUGGACCAAAAAACAACCAGGAUUUUCUCAGCAUUCCAGAGAAGCCAAGAGCUUCCGGGUCACAUCGGCCUUUCCAGUGUGUUACACCAGUUCAGGGUCUUGUAGCCAACAACAUUUUGGUGAGCCACCAAGACUCUCAAGACCUUGCCAAUGCCAGAAAGAGCCCCGGGUUUAUUCGGACAUUUUCUCCUACAAAAGGGUUAAUAGGUGUCAUAUCAAGUGAUGGAAAUAAUAUGCAUCUAGCAUCAAAUGGAAGCACACUGGAAGCACAAGACCAGCCAUCAGAUCAUUUGUCCCAACCUCCUUUACUUCAAGAAACUGAGUAUAGCAGACAAAGAUUUUCUUUACAUGGUGACAAGCACAACUUAGACCUUCCAAAGAACACUGUACUCCAUUCUGUCAUCAACAUAAACAAAUCAGACUUCAACAGCACCAUGGUGAAGCCAUCACCUGUUUCUGCUCUUAAUACAGAAAAUAAAUGUAGAGAUACCGAGAAAAGCAAUCUCUUUAUUCCUGCUCCAAUCAGUCCUGCUCAGGAGGCCAUUCUUUACCAGAGCCUUGAAGAAGAGAUCCUGUUUAAUCUACAGCAACUUGGCGUGGACUCUGAUGGCAGUGACUCAGAGAAUGAGCAGGACAUUCGUCAACCGGACACCCCAAUGAAUUCUUCACAUGAGAUCAAGAAACCUUCUAUCCAAAACAUAUUCUCUGGUGCAUCUUAUUCAUGCUCCACACAAUCAAGGAAUGCAAGUUUUGACGCUGUCAUUAGUGAACUUUCAAAAGAGAGGAGUCCACUUGAGAAAGUUUCUGUUGAAAGUUGGGUAAACAAUUCCUCCAGAGAUCUCAGAGGCAAGAAACAUGAAAGUCAGACUAACACAGAUUCAAGACACCUGAGUGUUUCCAAACCUUUUAUGGCCAGUUCCUGGUCUUCCCUAGGCUCGAGCAUGGAUUCAAAAGAUUCAACUGAACUAUCCAAGACAGCUGAUGCCAAGAACUCCAGUACUGGCAGUAAGGAGAAUCCUUGGGCCCCUUCCUCCUAUCAGAGGAAAUCCUUGAAAAAGCCAGAAAGAGUCCCUUCCAUCUAUAAGUUGAAACUGAGACCUUGUGUCCGCCCCAGACGGGACCACAGACCUGACAAGACACCUACAAAAAUCCCCAAGCCAGUUUGCUAUAAAGAUGUCAAAGCCCAAGAGGCACCAAUCAGAACAAUAUGUCAGUACAAAAUACUGUUAUAUCUGAUACUCAGAAAGGAUUCGCUGUUUCUCGUAGAGCUUCCACCAAAAGACACUCUAAGAAAACAUAUCAAGCUUCAUCCAAAUUUAGUGCCAUAAACUGCACAGAAGGGGAUCAAGAGAUGAUCGCUAAUCAGGAGCUUGAAUUCUGGGUUUAAGCUUUUUUAACAUAUAUUGUCUUUCUGUGUUGGUAUUUGUGCCAUGUUUUGGAUCUCAGACAUUAGCCAGGGUAAACUCACUCAGUUAUGGAUUUAAUAACCAAUUCUGUAGCUUAAUCUUUGUCAGGGUCAUGGUAAAUCUAUAGCGUACCCUUUAAAUGGAAAUGGGAUGUCAGGCUGUUUUUAACUUUUGAAAACUUUUUAACACAUAUAUCCGAACCAGUACUUGAAACUGAACUCAAUCCUUUGUAGCUGUGAGGUGACAAUACUAUCUGACAUGCCACUAGUCUGCCUUUAUAUAUACAUACAUACAUAGUUACAUUUGCUUUAUAGAUUGAUUCUCUUAUCUAAACUGAGCAAGUGCAAUAGCAAUCAAGGGUUAUGGGUUUUGUUCAAAGACUCAACCAUAGUAGCUUGUCUUUGCAGGGAUUCAAAUGCACAACCUUUCCAAUCAGUAGCCCAACCACUGAACAACCACUUCUCAAUUGCCCAGUGGGAAAUUCAGCAUAGCCAAAAUAUUUUUAUGAUCUACAAAUUUGCUUAAAAUAGUUUCUCCACCAUGCGCUUAGAAUUUCAGUUACACACAUGCUGACAUGCUUAGGCUUUAUCAAAUAAGCACUUUUUCCCCCCAGGCAGCUUUGAGGCUUGCAGAAAUAGAAAAGCACACACUGUAUUAUUGUUUACAGUCAGGUGCUUUACACCUGAGCCUCGUUCUGUCAAAACUCAUAAAAUGCUAAAAGUACCCAGAGAAAAUACACAAUAUUACAUUAUUGCAUCAAAUCUAUUUUAGUCCCCUCUAAUCGUCCAUACGUGAUGUGUAUAUGAAGCUUUUGUUUAUCCCGUAGAUGGUUGAGAAUAGGCAGAUCCAGUGUGUAACAUAUUAUUUGGAAACUAAAGCAUUCCCACUGAGGUUAUUCUUGGCUGUAUUUUGCUUUAUAACAGUUUUGCAAGUCACCUUGCUGCUGUGUUUUUGCCAGUACAGCCUUUAUAAAUAAACCCAAGUGUAAGUCUAGGGCUAUUUAUAGCCUCCUUGAAACUGCAGUCUAUCACACCAGAGCAGCUGCACCCGGUGCAUCUUUCUCUCUCUCUCUCUCUCUCUCUCUCUCUCUCUCUCCAUCUCUCUCUUUCUCUCCAUCUCUCCUACUAGCAUCUCUCCUUCCAGAAUUUCUUUCAGAAACGAAGAUUAUCGCAGACCACUCACGAGUAUCUUAGUCUGAUGUGGCUAGAGAAAGCAGGUCCAAAUCAUUACAGGUUUUUUUUAUUCCUACAAUUAAGAGUCAGCAUUUAGAGCUAAAUAGAUCAUUACAAAUGAAAAC